CUCCACCACACCGCCGCCACCACACGCGUUCUUUUCUCUCCUCUCUCUCUUACUCUCUUACUCUUACUCGCUGUCGAGCCUCGUCGCUCGCGGUGAUCACGGAGAGUAUAGCAUGUAACCCAUCCAGUCAGAAAAUCUCCUCUCUCUCUCUCUCUCGCUUCUUUGGCAUCUUCUAUAGAUAUAUAUAUAUAUGCACGCGGAGCCGCGCGCGCAAAAAAAGAGGAGACCGAAAAAAGUGUUUGGGACUUGACCGACUCGAAUGGCGGCGGAGAGCUUCUUCGACGCAUCGCAUCGCGCCUUAUAAUCGUGCAGUUAUUGCGAGAUUACGAGCGUGCGUUAUCGCGAGCUAGUGCAACCAUGCCCCGAGUGUAGAGUUGACAUUGCGCGUGUGUGUGGGUGUGCAUCGAGUGUCUCGAGCUGCACAGCGAUUGCAUCGUGUUGUCAUUGUUGUUGUUGUUGUUGUGGUUCUUACACACUGUGGUUGUUGCGAUGGCGGUGCAGUGAAGCGAAUACUUCUUACUUAUAUUACAGAAAUCGUGAUAAAUCGACGUAUACGGAGUACGCAAACACGUGCAAAAAUGUUCAAGAUGUGCUGGUCGAACGAGAGGAGAGACAUGUCGCCGGUACGAUGGAAUCGUCGCCGCUCCAGUUCCGAGGAAUCCGAGCGCAACAACUGCUACAACAUCAAGACGUCGAGCGUCACGAGCGUCUCGCGAGCGGCGUCCAACGGCAGCAACGGCGUCAAUGGCAAUAACAACAACGCCACCACCACGACGCACGCACUAACGUCGUCUGCGUCGCUGUCCUCCUCGCUGUCGGCGGCCGGUAAAAAGGACAAGAGGAGGAUCAAGGACGAGCGACGGCGAGCGAGCUGCGACAGGCGUCAGCCGCUGCUGGAUCGCGUCAGGACGAGCCUGCUCAAGGAUCACGACGACGUAGACGAUCUCGAGGACGACGAUGAUAAGGAAAACGACGAGGAGGACGACGAGGAGGAGGACGACGACGAGAACGGCGAUCAGCCGCCGUUCCGUUCGAUGUGCGAACUGCGCGGCAGCAACGCCAGCCAGGCCAAACUGCUGGCCCGCAGCGAGACCAGUCGCCGUUCCGUCUGCGAGACGGACUUCAAGCAGCAGCAGCAGCAGCAGCAGAGGGCCGUGGAGCUCGAGGCCCAGGAGAGAAAGCGACGCUCCAAGUCGCAGAGUAGACUGCCCCAGUCCGAGGACAAGUUCGCCCUGUUCGGCUUCAAGCUGAACGAGAGUCCGAAGCCGCGCCGGCGCAGGUGGAGAAAGAGCCGCGACACGCUAUUCUCGUCAAAGUCGUCGUCGACGACGAAAACGGGUGAUGAGCAGCAACAGGAUAGCGUCAGCAAGAGCGAGAAGAAUCUGAAAACGGAGGGUAGUAGCAACGGUGGAAGUGCCUCGUCCAAUUGGUUCCCGGCGAAAUUUCGAGCCAUGCAGAACAGGUACCUGAAGAGCUCGACGAGUAAACUCAUCGGCAAGAUUUACAAGAAGGACAGCAGCGCCAGCAGUAACGGCAACGUCAGCCACAACGGCGUCGUCAGCUCGUCUUGCCACAACAACAACGGUACCAUCAACGGCAAUCACGGCACGACGACGACGACGAGCAUCAACGGCGGCGACAACAAGCAGGGCGACAAGGACAACAAGGAGCGCAAACGGCUGCGUAGCUUCUCGUACGGCGCCCUGCCGGGUCUCGACGACGACGACGACGACGACGCCAACGACGACGGCCUGCGCACCAAUCCCUUGUUCGAGGACAACAAUCAGCAACAAAAUUUGCAGCGGCAGCAACAGCAGCAGCAACUGCAGCAGAAUCAGCGUCACAAUCAUCACAAUCAGCAUCAUCAUCAGCAUCAUCUGCACCAGCAUCAGCACCAUCAUCAUCAUCAAGACAACAAUCAUCUGGGUGACGACAACGACUCGGGUAUAUUGGACAACGACUCGGCCACGAGCUCGCUACUGGACGACCGCUGCAGCAGCGUGGCCUCGGCCGAGCCGCCACCGGCCAUACUCGGCCUGCCGCCCAAGAUACCACCCCGAAGGCCGAGCAACGGUGGUAGUAGCAGCAGCACCACCAACGGUCACGUAGUGGCCGCUAUGCCACUGCCACCCCCGCCGAGUCCACUGCGACAGAGUCUGCAGCUGAAGAAGGAGCGGCUGCUGCGAACCGGCUCGAUGGGUCACAGGGAGCCACUGCUGCCACAGCCACAGCCACAACCUGAAGUGCCACUGCCACCGAAGCCCGUGUCGGCCCAACAGGAGCCCAACAACAAACUCGUGGCCAUACGCAGCAGCGGCACCAGCACCAAGAAGACCCUCGUGGCCAAACUGUACAAGGCGCAGCACGACCAGUCGCUCGGCAUCUUCAUCGCCAAGACGCCGGACUCGGCGGGCUACCUGGUGGCCCACGUGCUGCCCAACGGCCUGGCCCAUCAGGAGGGCACGCUGCGCAUCGGCGACGAGAUACUCAUCGUCAACGGCAAGCGGCUGCGCGGCCUCAGCAUGCCCGAGGCCAGAAAGAUCCUGAGCAGUGGGGCCGCACCGGGCGAGGUCGACAUCGUGGUCUCGCGCAUGGUGCCCAACUCCUUGGCGACCAACGGAACAAAUAAUAAUAAUCAACAACAGCCGCUGCCGAUCACGCCGCAGCAAGCCAAGCGGCUGUUGCAGCUCGAGAGCAGCGUCGACUACGAGAACGUGAGCAUCGAGACGGGCGGCAACUCGGGCAUGAUCAUGACCACACCCGAGGCGUCGCACUUCAGAAAGCACCAGUCGAGGCGGCUCAAGAGCAGCCGCAGAUCCGAGGAGCCCAAGGACCUCAAGGACUGCGUGGACAAGUCCAUGGAGAAUCUCACGAAUUUCUGCACGCUGCCGAGGCGGCCCAAGAACAACGUGUCCACCUUCAUGACGAUCGUCUUCGAGAAGGGCUCGGGCAAGAAGUCGCUGGGAUUCACCAUCGUGGGCGGCAGGGACAGUCCCAAGGGUAGCAUCGGCAUCUUCGUUAAAUCGGUACUGCCUACGGGACAGGCAGCCGAGGACGGCCGACUGCGCGCCGGGGACGAGAUACUGGCCGUGAACGGCCUCAUCUGCCACGACCUGACGCAUCGCGAGGCGGUGCAGCUGUUUCGCAAUACGAAAAACGGCCCGAUCUCGCUCAACAUCUGCAGGCGGGCGCGAAAUCCAAAUUCACAAUCGACGAAAGCCAAGUCGUGUGCGGAUCUACUCAUGGCUGACUCGUGAUACACGCAAUAAUUGUAUUUAAUCGUAGCCCUAGCCAAACACCUACCCCCGUGUAUCGACGGAACGUUGUAAAUAUUGUACAAAUGACGCAAAAAUGAUCCUCUUAAGUUUUGAAUGUAUACUGUUAGUUGUUAAGCGCCGCGCAUAAAUCGAAAAGACCUCCGCAACGACGCGGAGAAAAUUAUUAUUUAUCCAUUGACGAUCGGUUGACAAUUUUUUUGCUUUUUUUCGCGCAUAGAAAAAACUGCUGUGAAAGAAGAAUUCGACCAUUGUAUUUUCGUUUUUGUUUUCUGUAAAAUCUGUUGAAAAUUUAUUCUUCCGCAUUUCUCAGUGUCGAAUCCAUUGUGUACAUUGUAAAUGUAAUCGAGAAAAGGAGAGAAUCAUCGACAACGCACGAUAUAGUCAUAUGUUAAUUAUAUUUAUUUCAUGAUUAUUUGUAGUAAAAAAAGGAAAAUCGCUCUGGCUCGAGGAGUCUUGGAUGCCUCGGCGAGAGAAGCCGUAUAAAUAAAAUUAAUUACAUUCGAA